UGACGCUCAUAUUAAUGCACUUAUAUUUACCUUGCAUUCAAACGCUCAAAUGAUUAAGACGCUUACUUUGUUAAAAUGGCUGACAGACUCACACAGCUGCAAGAUGCUGUGAAUCAGCUUGCUGAUCAAUUCUGUAACAGCGUAGGAAUUCUUCAGCAGUGUUCGCCACCUAGUACAUUUGCUGGUUUUGAGAAACAACUUGGAAAGUCACCAACUGAUACACAAGAAGAUUACGCUGCCAUUUUUGCCAAACUUAUUGCCAGAACCGCUAAAGACAUAGAUGUCCUGAUUGAGUCGCUGCCUAUUGAGGACUCGUCUCUGGAACUACAGGUUGCAACUUUAAAGUUAUUAGAAGCGGAAAAUCAAGACACAGCCAAAAAUUUGGAAGAUAUAGUGAGUAAAGGAGAAGGACUUUUGGAGCAAAUACAAAGUGCACUUAGAGACAUCGCCCAGUGUCAGCUACAGUGUCAGGCCAUGGAGUCCAACUCCUGAUGUCACUGAAAAUGUCAGCUCAACACAAGUGUCAGUUAAAAAACCUAAACUGUUGGAAAUCAUCUGACAUCACUAGACAUCUCAGUGUCGGAUAAAAUGUCAUCUUGACACCUCAUCGUCAGAUAAAAUGUCAACUUGACACCUCAUCGUCAGAUAAAAUGUCAACUUGACACCUCAUCGUCAGAUAAAAUGUCAACUCGCCACAUCAUCGUCAGAUAAAAUGUCAUCUCGACACAUCAUCGUCAGAUAAAAUGUCAACUCGACACAUCAUCGUCAGAUAAAAUGUCAACUUGACACAUCAUCGUCAGAUAAGAUGUCAUCUUGACACAUCAUCGUCAGAUAAAAUGUCAUCUUGACACCUCAUCGUCAGAUAAGAUGUCAACUCGACACAUCAUCGUCCGAUAAAAUGUCAACUCGACACAUCAGCGUCAGAUAAAAUGUCAUCUGGACACAUCAUCGUCAGAUAAAAUGUCAUCUUGACACCUCAUCGUCAGAUAAAAUGUCAACUUGACACCUCAUCGUCAAAUAAAAUGUCAACUCGACACCUCAUCGUCAGAUAAAAUGUCAUCUUGACACCUCAUCGUCUGAUAAAAUGUCAACUCGACACCUCAUCGUCUGAUAAAAUGUCAACUCGACACCUCAACGUCUGAUAAAAUGUCAACUUGCCACAUCAUCGUCAGAUAAAAUGUCAGCAGAUAUCUCAGUGUCAGAAACUAUCUGAAUUCCUUGGCAUUUGGUGUCAGUUAUAAUGUCAGCCAAUAUCUUGGUGUCAAAGAAAAUGUCAACUUGACACCUCCACAUCAGUUACAAUGUCAACAUGAAAUACUGCCGUAUCAAACUGUUGAGCCAGAGUUUAGCCAAAACAGACAGUUGAUAGAAAACUGUUAAUAAAUGGUGUGUCAGUGUUUAGAUACUUCAGGGAGAUCAGGGGUGGAAUUACAACAGGCGGGAACCUGAAUCCACGGGCCCUGUUAACAUUGUACUGGUCCAAAACAUCGAUCAAGUGCUCAAGGUUACAUACGUAUAUGUCAGUAGAAAAUUAAUUCUAUGUAACUUAAAUGUUAAAUGUUAAGAGUGCUGUAACUUUCCAUCUUGUGAUUAAUUUACAAAGUGUACCUAGUAUUCAUUAAAUGUUUGUAGAAACUUC